GUUACUCCGGAAGUGGAGGUUCGUAAGCCCCUCCGCCGGCUGAAGGGAUGGCCGGGCGGACGGCGCGGCUGGUGCUGCUAGCUGGGGCCGCCGCGCUAGCAAGCGGCUCCCAGGGCGACCGCGAGCCGGUGUACCGCGACUGCGUGCUCCAGUGCGAGGAGCGGAACUGCUCGGGGGGCGCACUCAAGCACUUCCGCUCCCGCCAGCCAAUCUACAUGAGCCUAGCAGGCUGGACCUGUCGGGACGACUGUAAGUAUGAGUGUAUGUGGGUCACCGUUGGCCUCUACCUCCAGGAGGGUCACAAAGUACCUCAGUUUCAUGGCAAGUGGCCCUUCUCCCGGUUCCUGUUCUUCCAAGAGCCAGCUUCUGCUGUGGCCUCGUUCCUCAAUGGCCUGGCCAGCCUGGUGAUGCUCUGUCGCUACCGCACCUCCGUACCAGCCUCCUCUCCUAUGUACCCCACCUGCGUGACCUUCGCCUGGGUCUCCCUCAAUGCUUGGUUCUGGUCCACAGUCUUCCACACCAGGGACACCGACCUCACAGAGAAAAUGGACUACUUCUGUGCCUCCACCGUCAUCCUGCACUCAAUCUAUCUGUGCUGUGUCAGGACCGUGGGGCUGCAGCACCCGGCUGUGGUCAGUGCCUUCCGGGCCCUCCUGCUGCUGAUGCUGACCGCGCACGUCUCCUACCUGAGCCUCGUCCACUUCGACUAUGGCUACAACCUGGCGGCGAACGUGGCUAUCGGCCUGGUGAACGUGGUGUGGUGGCUGGCCUGGUGCCUGCGGAACCGGCGGCGGCUGCCUCACGUGCGCAAGUGCAUGGUGGUGGUCCUGCUGCUGCAGGGGCUGUCCCUGCUCGAGCUGCUCGACUUCCCACCUCUUUUCUGGGUCCUGGAUGCCCAUGCCAUCUGGCACAUCAGCACCAUCCCCGUCCAUGUCCUCUUUUUCAGCUUCCUGGAAGAUGAUAGCCUGUACCUGCUGAAGGAAUCAGAGGCCAAGUUCAAGCUGGACUGAAGGCCCUGGGAGCGUGUCUGCCCCACGGGGGAUCCUGCCCCGUCCCUGCUGUCUCCCCUUCUCCCCCAAUCUUUGAGAUGAUUUUUUCCUUUUAGCAUCUUGACCUUGGACAUGAAGGGUGUGGGCCCAGAAUCAUGUAACCUGCCCACCACUUGCUCGCCCCCACAUUGCCCUCACAGGUCUUUGGUGUCUAUUUGGGCCUGGCCUCUCAGCAUCUGGGGCUCGAGAAUGGGCAGCCUCUCUGGUUCCUGGAGCUGAACUGGGG